AGGGGCUAAACCUUCUCUCUCCCAACCGAAGAAAACCCUCCGCCAAUCUUCCAAAAUCCUUCUAAAAGCAACCUCUAGCUCUAUUUCCCAGUCACAGUAGAACUGAACCCAUGGCCAUCGAAUGUCUCGUCCUUGGCGCGGGACAAGAGGUCGGGAAGAGCUGCGUGGUGGUGACAAUAAAUGAUAAGAAAAUAAUGUUUGACUGCGGUAUGCACAUGGGCUACUCAGAUAAUCGGCGGUACCCUGACUUCUCCUUGAUCUCAAAAUCUGGUGAUUUCAACAAUUCCCUCACAUGCAUAGUUGUCACACAUUUCCAUUUGGAUCAUAUUGGAGCUCUUCCAUAUUUUACUGAAGUUUGUGGGUACAAUGGUCCCAUUUACAUGACGUAUCCAACAAAAGCUUUGGCACCAUUAAUGCUUGAGGAUAAUAGGAAGGUGGUCGACAGAAGGGGGGAGGAAGAGCAAUUUAGUUCCGAGCAGAUUUUGGAAUGUAUGAAGAAAGUGACUGCAGUGGAUCUGAAGCAGACCGUUCAAGUUGACAAAGACCUCCAGAUCCGUGCAUACUAUGCAGGGCAUGUCCUUGGGGCUGCAAUGUUUUAUGCAAGAGUGGGAGAUGCUGCCAUAGUGUACACUGGGGAUUAUAAUAUGACACCUGAUAGACAUCUUGGGGCAGCUCAAAUCGACCGACUACAGUUGGACCUCGUUAUAACUGAGUCGACCUACGCAACGACAUAUCGUGAUUCAAAAUAUGCUCGGGAGAGGGAGUUUCUGAAAACUGUUCACAAAUGUGUUGCUGGUGGAGGAAAGGUGCUCAUUCCUACAUUCGCCUUGGGAAGAGCCCAGGAACUCUGUAUGCUGUUGGAUGACUAUUGGGAGCAGAUGAAUCUUAAAGUUCCUAUUUAUUUCUCAGCAGGUUUGACUCUUCAAGCAAAUAUGUACUAUAAAAUGCUCAUCAACUGGACCAGCCAAAAAGUGAAACAUACUUAUGCUACACGCAAUGCAUUUGAUUUCAAACAUGUUUGCAGUUUUGAUCGUUCCCUGAUAAAUGCUCCAGGACCUUGUGUUCUCUUUGCUACUCCAGGGAUGAUUAGUGGGGGUUUCUCUCUUGAAGUUUUCAAGCAGUGGGCUCCAUAUGAAAGUAACCUUAUUACACUGCCAGGGUAUUGUGUUGCUGGAACUAUAGGACAUAAACUGAUGUCAGCUAAAACACCUGUUCGAAUUAAUAUCGACAAGGAUACCCAAAUUGACGUGCGGUGUCAGAUUCAUCAGUUGUCUUUUAGUCCUCAUACUGAUGCCAAAGGAAUCCUGGAUCUUGUGAAAUUUCUAUCCCCCAAGAAUGUGAUUCUUGUACAUGGAGAAAAGCCUAAAAUAGCUAAACUGAAAGAAAAAGUUCAAUCUGAGUUGGGAAUCCAAUGUUUCGACCCUGCUAAUAAUGAAACUGUGAGCAUUCCUUUUACGACUCACUAUGAAAAAGUUGGUGCCUCUGAUGCACUUUUGCGGAGUACCUUGAGCCCAAACUUGAAGUUCUUAAGAAAAUGCUCAGAACAGGGUUCUGAUUUUAGUGAUCUUGACGCAAGAACAAAACCAGGGUUGCAGGUUUUCGAUGACAGAAUGGCCGAAGGGAUACUAAUGGUACAGAGAAACCAAAAAACAAAAGCUUUACAUCAAGAUGAACUCAUGGCUAUGUUAGGAGUAGAAAGUCAUGAAAUCAAGUUUGCUAACUGUUGCCCAGUAGACAUUGCGAAUUCAGAUACAAGAAAUGCAUUUCUUUCUCAACCAACAGUCGACAAAUCCUUUUGGCUGCACUUAUUGUUUGAAAAGCUUUCGAGCAAAUUCCCGGAGACGAGCAUCCAGGAUUGUGGUGAACAUCUUCAAAUCGAGUCAUUUUAUGUCUCUGUUUGUACAAAAGAAAUGUGCCCUCACAGAACUGCUAGUUUGCAAUGCAUGCCUGAAACAGUGUAUUUCUGCUGCACCUGGACAAUAGCAGAUGAAAAGCUUGCUUGGGAGAUCAUUUCAGUUAUAAAAAAUUUAUUGUUGAAAGAGGAGUAAAUGUUUAUCAACUAUUUCUUGAGUUAUUUCAAUAAAUUAUGUACAAUUUACAGUUCCCUGUUAGAUUCGGUCAAUUUAUGACUUGAGUGACAGUUUUGAUCAUUGUUUGAUUUAAUCGGGGGCUGCCCUACCUAUAUUAUUGAGAAUGUCACUAUAUUUUUAGUCUA